AUGGAUGUUUCCGCAGAUGCCAGCUCGGCUGCACCACCGGUGGUUGUCUUCAAGCGAAAGCGCGGUCCCGCAGCUUCCACCUCAAACAACGCUCCAGCAUCAUCCUCGAGCAGCUCAGCCGGACCAUCAAGGCCUACAAUCAGCGCAUCAACUGCCACGCCAAAUCGUACAGCUUUGAGUAACGACUCGAGCGACGAUGACGUCGAGUCCUCCUCUGCCGUUGUGAUCAAGAAGAAGCGCUCGAAUAACAACCCUCUCGUCCAGUCGACCGGCUCGGUCUAUCGCAAGUCCAAGCUCGGCAGCCUAAUCGGCGACGAUGGGAAUGACGACGAUUCGUACGCACUCGAUACCGACUCUUCCAGUCAUCCCUGCCGCUCGAAUACCGACGCAUCUGCGACCUCGCGGCAAAAGCUCCGCGACGACGCAACCAAGCACAGCAACUGGGACCUUGACUCCACCACCACUACUCCUCAACCGACCGCUAGCAACGCCGAUGGGCUCUACCGAGGCGCCUCAUCAUACACCUCCUACAUCGCCGCACGUGACGACGGCACCUCGUCCAAGAUGCGUUCCCGCGGCCCCAUUCGGCAAACCACCACCGUCCGAACAACUAGCCUGAUGGACUAUCAACCCGACAUCUGCAAGGACUACAAGGAAACCGGCUACUGUGGCUUCGGAGACACGUGCAAGUUCCUCCACGAUCGAAGCGACUAUCUUGCAGGCUGGCAACUCGACGUUCUCCCCAACUCGUCCAAGAAUCGCGAAAACCUCCUCUCGGAUCCGGAAGAGGAAGAGGAGGAGGAGAUCCCAUUCGCAUGUCUCAUCUGCAGACAGCCGUUCACAGAUCCGGUGGUCACGCAGUGCGGACACUACUUCUGUUCGGGGUGUGCCAUCAAGAGGUUCAGCAAGAAUAGCAAAUGCUUUGCGUGCGGCAAGCAGACGGGUGGAUUGUUUAACAGCGCCAAGAAGGUGCUGGACAAGAUGCAGGCGAGUAAGCGGAGGAAGGACGAGGCGAGGGCGGAGAGGAGUGGGUGGUUGGCGGAGGAGCCGAUUGCAGAGAUCGGAGGGGAGAGCGAGGACGAGUAG